UCUUGCUCGGAAAGUACAGCUAGUUAGAUUCUCCUUAAACAAAACCACGUACGGUUGUAAUCGUUCAUUUCAAACCACGGACUCAUUCAGGCCAUACCGAACGCUGAAAGUGUCUAGGCUUCAAGCAAGGUAGGUUAUACAAAACGUUUCCUGGAUUAACUGAACAUAUAUUGUAAGUCAUUUUGCACAAUGUGAGGCACAGAUUCGUGCGUUUUCCAUCUGUUCGGUAUCUUCUGAACUUUCUAUGCUCGAUGAAUGACUUUAUUGUGAGCCAGGCAGUGCGAUCGUACAGGAUUACAUUAAUUUCAUAAUUAAGAGCAAACGUCGCACAGUUUCACGCGUCAGCGAUGGUAGAUAGAUACAGAGCGGAAGUUAGUUUAUCAAUUUCUAACUGAAUAGAAGUUUAAAAAUGUACAUGCGGCAGAAGAAUGUUUUGAUUUGUCUACGUGUUUCUUAAUCAUAGCACAAUGGCCAGCAUUUUAGGACCGCUCCUUGUUGUGACCGUCUUCUCAGCGGUGUCAGCCGCCCAGUUGCCAAGUACCUGGCCAAGCGGAACCUACGCCCUACCCAUGGCCGAUACGGGCUGCCCCAACACUUACUACUACUUCAAGACCGGCCGGCGGUACCACGACACCCAGGAUCUGCUCCCCAACAACCAGUGGUCCAACCCGCUACAUCUGAAGGGGAUUCGCUCCAAUACGGACGUGGAGCAGAACUUCUGCGUCAAGACCGACUUUGAUCCGGCCGGAGGCAGCAGUCCGGAGUGGGGACCGGGGCAAUACUGCAUCUUCAAGAAGGGGGCAUUGUGCCCAGACCGUUUCAGCGAGGGUUGGCUCAAGUGGGACGACCAGAACCUGUUUAAUCGUAACGACGCCAGUGGGGAGUUGCCCGAGGGCGUCUACGACGACAACACCAAGAUCUAUUUCUGCUGCCGGGAGGACGGCGACGCGGGCACCCCGCUCACGCUCCCCGUGGACGACCCGUUCUUCCUGCUCCGAAAGAACGGCGAGUGCCAGGCCGUGGAUCGGAUGACCAUGCUGGUGGAGUGGUUCCGAUGGGACGGGGAAGACGACCUGAUCGACUUGACGAAGUAUCGGGAUGGCAGCGUGCCGGAUCUGCAAGACAAAAGCGGGGAUAACCAUAAGUUAUAUUAUUGCUAUUACUACUAGAACCACUGACACGUAUAACCGUCUUGAAGUCGACAAAAUCUUUUGACUGAAAUAAAUCCUCAAAAGUAUCCAUAUUUUCUUUGAAUUUGUCUAAUUGACUAUCAAGACGAAAGUCAUGCCACUGCUAGACAAACAUGUACAUGUAGUUUGAUUAUAUGAUCUCGAAACCAUUUUUGAUUUGCUGUUUUUUCUUUCUUUUCUCUGGUGGGUAAAACAUUUUAGGAAACUUACAUCAUGCCACUCCUAUAGUCAGUCGAUUCAUGGAUUUAAUGACCUGUUUCAGUUGGUUUCAAGCACAACCAUAAUUUUUGUGGCUAACAGGUCUAGAGUAUGGGCAUCUUAUUGACACACUGAAUAAUAGUCACACAUCCACUGAAAGAUCGGAAAUAAAUGUAACUUCUUGUUUUUAAUAAAAGCUACCUGCUCAUGAUUUAUCAAGUAUCAAGAUGAACGGAUACAGUGAAACACAUCACUCUUCCGUGUUUAGCAGCAGAUCACGUGCUAAGAACCACUGAACUAUACUCAACAUACAACUUCUUGAAGUGUGUUUGUUGUACAUCGCUUGACCAUUCAGUGUCAAGCGACCAAUGGCCGGCCGAUCAAAAUGAACCCUGCAUUAAUGCCAAUCACAUUUUAAUUGCAUAUAUAUAAGGAAUGUCGUACUGUUGAAUAAAAAUAUGACCUUCUAACGGUUA